CUUUCGCCGGUCACCCCUGGCAACCUCGCGACUCUUCCCAGGAAGAGAAAGCGCUCCUGUAUCGCACACGUCUCUGCUGACUUAAACCGAGCUCGCCAUUGAUCCGUUUGUUUAAUCGGAUGGGAUUUACCAGCUUAUGAAAAUCUAGUGAUUUAAAACGGGUUUCAGUCGAACUCUUAAAUAUUUCAUAAACUGGAUAUAUAUUUAAAAAUCUUAAUAUCAACUACAAUUUAUCAGAGAACGUGGCAUUUCUGAAAUUGGUUUUAAUGAUUUUUUGGUUUGGGUUUGCCAUUUAAAACACAAUGAGAGAUGGUCCGGGAUUGAAGUCGAUAAUUGGAUAAUUUUACCUGAGCAGUAUCGCAAAGAAAACGCAAUGUGUCCUAUAUAACACGACCCACGGAGGAUCAUUACUAGCUAGACACCAGCUAUGAGUUCUAUGUACUACCGUGUGGAUCCCCCUCGACCUAAGUCCCCCACCUACGGGAUGGGCACACGGACCGCCAGGGAGGUCAAAGAAAUAACGGAGAGACUUGUCAAAUCCACGUACGAAAGAAAAUUAGCUACACAGGAAAACAAGCAUGUCAGCAACUAUGAAUAUCUGCUAGACGCAGGGAAUAGAAAACGCCUGCCGUCAGCUUGUCGUGAGAGAAACAUGAAACCGCCGACAAGUCGAGGGUCUGACGGGAAGCGGUACACCGAUAGGGACUUCCGGUUUCUUAUGCGCCGGUUAAUGAGACCUACUAUGAGUGCUAGCGCAAAAUACCAAAAACAGGAUGAGGACAAUGUAAAUAAAAUGCAGAACUUAAAAGAAGGCAAAAUUGUUCGCGAUAAAUCCGAAAGAGCCGAGUCUGCCAAGAGUGUCAUUCGGAUCAGCCGCCCUACGACCGCUUCCCGCGCUAAAACUUUUGAGUGCCAUUUGUGUUAUGAACACGUCAAUAAAAAAGCCGAUGGGGAUGUGGACGCGUUCGAUUAUGAAUAUUCGGAAUCCAAGUGUGUGCCCAAGGAAGAGUUGGAAUAUAUUGUUGAAAGAGUGGCGAUGCCGACGUGUUCCAGCGCCAAAGGCCACCGGAAAUGUGCCAAAACACCAGUAUAUAUUGACGAAGUUAAAAUACGAGAACAACUGCCUCUCGUUAGUGGUUUAGGGAGAAGCAAAAAUGUGCAGGAAAUAACGAACCGUCUUCACCAACGAAGAUAUAAAAUGACCCCCAUGGCAACAGAGGUCACCGUAUACUCCUAACUAUCACGAAAAUUCGUCAUUUUCGGAGUCUCGACAUUUUUUUUCGUCGAUAGUUAAAGACUCGUGUGUGGAAAUAGCACUUUUGUUUCGUUUUACGCAAGGAUCUGCAUUUUGAAUCUUUACUAAAAGAUUCUCAGGAUUUUCGCCUAGUCUGAAGUGAUUAGUAUUUCCCUUACACCGAGUACAUUUUUUUUUUUAAACUGAUGAAAAUGGAUGUUAAUUAAUAAAUGAUUGAGAUCAGUAA